AUGGUGACAGUGGUGACAGCGAAGAAGGAUGAAGAAGUCUAUCCAACUAGUUGCACAUUAUGUCCUGGUCAAGUCAGCGACAAAACUUUCUCAACAUUCUCGAAUGACUCAUUAAAAUCUGCAAUUGGACGAUUUGAAAAUCCCCUUACAGACCCUGACACAUACGCACACACACAGACACAGACAACACACAACAUACAACACACACACACACACACAUAA